UGCUAGGUACCCAAUUAACAGCAGUCCACUACCCCAAUCAAAGCAAUCAUGUCCUCCACUCUCUUCAAGCCCUUGAAGCUAGGCAAUCUUCAGUUGCAGAACCGCCUCGUUCUGGCACCCCUUACUCGAUUCCGCGCAGACGACAACCACGUCCCUCUCUCCUUCGUCCCAGAAUAUUACGCCCAACGAGCUUCAUCGCCAGGUACACUUCUUAUCACCGAAGCCACCUUCAUCGCUCCCCAAGCAAGCGGAUACGGCAACGCGCCAGGAAUAUGGUCUCAAGCACAAAUCGAAGGAUGGAAGAAAGUCACAGCCGCCGUACACGAAAAGCACUCCUUUAUCUUCCUCCAGCUUUGGGCGCUGGGCCGAGCAUCGAAUCCCAAGCAACUCAAGAAAGAGUUUGGAGAUAAAUAUGAAGUCAAGAGCGCAUCCGAUAUCCCAUUCGAAGGCGGAGCCAAACCUACACCGUUAACCGAGACGGAGAUCAAGGAAUACGUUGGUCUGUACGCACAAGCAGCCAAGAACGCUAUUGCUGCUGGUUUCGAUGGUGUGGAGGUCCAUGGCGCGAACGGAUACCUGAUUGAUCAAUUCCUGCAAGAUGUGUCGAACCAGAGAACCGAUUCGUACGGAGGGAGCAUCGAGAAUAGAGCCCGGUUCGGAUUGGAGGUUACAAAGGCGGUCGUUGAGGCUGUGGGUGCAGAGAAGACUGGUAUCAGGAUGAGUCCUUAUUCGUCCUUCCAAGGAAUGGGGAUGAAGGACCCCGUACCUCAAUUCUCGUACUAUGCUUCUGAAUUGAAGAAGUUGAAGUUGGCAUAUAUCCACGUUGUGGAAUCGAGGAUUGAAGGCAAUGCGGAGGUUGAGUCUACGGAGAAGGUUGAUUUCCUGAUCGAUGUUUGGGAUAAUCAGAGUCCGGUCUUGAUCGCUGGUGGCUUCACAGCAGCUUCUGCGAAGACGGCAGCAGAUGAGGAAUACAAGGGGAAAGAUAUUGCGAUUGUGUUUGGACGACACUUCAUUGCGAAUCCGGAUCUGGUUUACAGGAUAAAGAACAACAUCGAGUUCACGCCUUAUGAUAGAAAUUUGUUUUACAACAAGGGAGAGAAGCAUGGGUAUAUUGAUUGGCCAUUUAGCAAGGAGUUCACGGCUCAGUUGUAGAUGUGAAAGAUUAUGUAUAGAGGAUAGAUAGAUUUUCAUAGACAGUUGUAGCUAGAAA